UACUGGAAAAAUCCUCUUGGCUUUCAGACAGAAAUCGGAGGAGGUCCUCCAAUUUUUAUCGUUUCCUACCUUUCUAUUUUGUUUACGAACACUUCCCGAGCUUAACUUCCUCGAAAAAUCACAGGUAACCAAAACUGGGAACAGGCAUUAGAAUGCUGCAGGAAACCCUAGAAUUCCCGUUUCACAAAUAUUCCGUCCUAUUGAACACAUUGAAAACCAGAUCCGUCUCUGCGUCCCCGAUCUGAUCUCCGAUCUCCUUGAACCUUAGAAAUGGCAGGCGCCGUCUCGGCGCUUUUCUUUCUGGACAUCAAAGGCCGUGUUUUGGUGUGGCGCGACUACAGAGGUGACGUCUCAGCAAUACAAGCAGAGCGUUUCUUCACGAAGCUUAUUGAGAAAGAGGGUGAUCCGGAGUCCCAAGAUCCAGUAGUGUAUGACAAUGGCGUCACCUAUAUGUUCAUACAGCACAACAAUGUUUACUUGAUGACUGCGUCAAGGCAGAAUAGCAAUGCUGCCAGUCUUCUUCUUUUUCUACACCGUGUAGUUGACGUUUUUAAGCAUUAUUUUGAGGAGUUAGAAGAGGAAUCACUGAGAGAUAACUUUGUGGUUGUGUAUGAGUUACUUGAUGAAAUGAUGGAUUUUGGUUACCCUCAAUAUACGGAAGCAAAGAUUCUUAGUGAGUUUAUCAAGACGGAUGCAUACAGGAUGGAGGUUACUCAACGACCUCCUAUGGCUGUAACAAAUGCAGUGUCUUGGCGCAGUGAAGGGAUACGAUACAAGAAGAAUGAAGUGUUCCUGGAUGUUGUGGAAAGUGUUAAUAUACUUGUCAACAGCAAUGGGCAAAUAAUUCGUUCAGAUGUUGUUGGGGCAUUGAAGAUGAGAACAUAUUUGAGUGGAAUGCCUGAAUGUAAGCUUGGCCUAAAUGACAGAGUGCUACUGGAAGCUCAAGGCAGAACAACAAAGGGGAAAGCAAUUGAUCUGGAUGAUAUCAAAUUUCACCAGUGUGUGCGUUUGGCCCGAUUUGAAAAUGACAGGACAAUAUCUUUCAUACCCCCUGAUGGAUCUUUUGAUCUGAUGACAUAUAGACUCAAUACUCAGGUAAAGCCUCUGAUCUGGGUGGAAGCUCAAGUAGAGAGGCAUUCAAGAAGCCGUAUUGAAUUCAUGGUAAAAGCACGGAGCCAGUUCAAGGAGCGUAGCACUGCAACAAAUGUUGAAAUUGAGUUACCUGUGCCAUCAGAUGCUACCAAUCCUAAUAUACGAACUUCCAUGGGAUCUGCUUCGUAUGCACCUGAAAAUGAUGCAUUGAUAUGGAAAAUAAAAUCCUUUCCUGGUGGCAAGGAGUACAUGUUAAGAGCCGAAUUUAGUCUUCCCAGUAUAACUGCUGAAGAAGCAGCUCCAGAGAGAAAAGCUCCUAUCCGUGUGAAGUUUGAGAUACCAUAUUUUACCGUUUCAGGAAUACAGGUUCGUUAUCUGAAGAUCAUUGAGAAAAGUGGAUACCAGGCUCUUCCAUGGGUGAGAUACAUAACAAUGGCUGGCGAGUAUGAGUUGAGACUUGUCUAAAAUCCCGCUUCAACUGCUACUGCUGCCAACCAUGUAAUAUAUCUAGUGGAAAAACUGCAGCCGGCGAUUUCGAGGAGCUUAGUGCGAAGUUAUUGUUCUUUCUAAAGCCCGUGGUGGGUUUAGCAAAAGUUUAUCUAUACUUAGUCUCAUACCUUCUCGUCUGUUUUUGUGUUACAGUGGUUUGUAAGGGUGUAAUGGCCAGUUGGCCACCCAAGAAUGUUUUUAUCUGUCCAUUUUUGUGAGAAUUAAGAAUCAUUUAUUGGAAUUAGUUGACGGAGCAUGCUUUGUCAAUGUAGGGCGUCUUCCCAAGGUUCGUGUUAAGACUCAAUUUCCUUUUCCUUUCUGGGUAGGGAGGGGAAGCUCGAAGAUAAUAAUAACUUUCUUCUACUUGAUUUUUUCAAAGGCCGGGAAGGGAAAUUUUGUAAGUUCUAAGGCUCUGCCUAUCACGCUGUAUUUAAUAUGAAAUUUACAAUUCUGAAC